AUGGGACCACGCUGGCUCUACGGCGGGCGCUCCAUUACCUUGUGUUCAGAAUUCCGUUCCUCGCAUUCGGACGGUCUCUCCACGUUGCCUGUUGCCGCUCUACCACCGGCUACUAGCCUUGGGUCAACGCACAACGUGCCCAAGAGAUGGGAUCUCAGACUCUUUGGCCUUACUGUAAGUGACAAUGGCCGUUGCCGCUCGUUUAUCAAACGUAUGAAAGACGAUAGCAUUGCAUCUCGUGCUCGUCCAGCUCUUGCCAUUGGUCAGUUAAUUGAAAAAAUUGAUGGAGUCAAUGUGACUGGAAUGCGACACUAUGAAGUAGUGCGCAUACUCAGAAAUAUGCCGAUAGGGAAAACGUGA